AUGGAGUUUCCGGAUGACACGGAAAUAAGCUCACUUCGCCUUUAUCCAAUGAGCAAACCACACUUUGGAUCAAUGCUUUGUACUGCUAGAGUUCCGCCACAGAAAUAUAUGAAUUCUCAAAAUGAGGAUCAUUAG